GAGAGAGAGAGAGAGAGAGAGUAAUGUGCAGGCAGUAGUAUGUGUUCAUUGUCUGGGUUCAGACUCUUGUGCUCUACAUUAUUGACAAUAAGAGGAAACCUUAAAGACAAAGGAGAGCAUGGAGACCAGCUUGGCCCUGGUGAUUUUAUCCUUGGUCCUCUGUCAUCUGUCCAUCUCAUCUGCACUGCACUCUCGGAGAGUACUGUACCCAUCUGCCUUUAGAGUGAAAAGAGGAACUCCAGCUCUGCUCAAUCCCACUAUUCAGAGAUCAGUGGAGGAUGCCAACCUGCUUUAUGAGGUGGUGUGGUCGGGGCUGAAUGUGGAAGAAGAGAAAGGGGUGCUCCGUGUGGCUGAUGAGGAACUUGCAUCUCUCAGAAGGCUGAAGCCUCUAGAGGUAGUGUGUGAGGACAUUCUCCCGAGAACACUCUCAGACAUCCGGCGUCUCUGCCAUCAUCUGGAACAGCACCGGGGACGUCUGAGCAAGGAGGACUUUGAGCGAACCGUACUUACCAUGGUGUACACGGCUCAGCGGCUAGCACAGAGCAGCCUCGCCCAUCAGAGGGAGCUGUGGGCCGAUGCACUGGUGCAGCUUUAUAAAACUAUUAAAAAAGAUCUGGGAGCAAAGUGACGGCACUCACAAAAACAACCACAAUAGUGUACUAUCACACUAAUGCACAAGAGUAUAUGUCAAAAUAGCAAGCCUCUAUUCCACUGCGCUAACAUUGUAUACCAAUUUAAGAAGCAUAUCUUUAAAAUCUAAUAGUGGGCUUUUUGACGCUAUUCCUCUCACUUACUGACUGAUUCUGAAAGUAUGAGGUCAUAGGUUUGAACAAGACAAAAACAAGUUUAACAGCAUCACCAGCCCUUUUAAGGAGCACCAGGAGAAAAACACCAUCAGCUUAAACCAGAUUAACCUAACCUGACCUCUGGUAGUUCCAAUUUUAAUUUCUAGUAAUGUUUCUGUUUCCCUUAUGCACAAUUAAUAAUGAUAUAAAAAAUUAAACAGCUAAAUUCUAACUCUCCCUAUUGAAACAUUUAUCCUUAGAUGUUGAAAUGCCUUGAUCUGCACUUACCGGACAGAAUAACAGGAGCACCUACAUGUCUGCACUCUUGCAAUUAUCCAGUCAGGCAAUCAUGUGGCAACAAAUAUCACAAAGUGUUGGUGAUGUAAGAGUUAUAAUUAUUGUUCACAUCAGUGUCAAAUAUUAAUGAAUAGGGCUGUGUGCUGUAAUAUAAUAUCCACAUCCUGAUCAGCCAUGUCACAGUAUGCUUGACUAGAACUGACUAGCACUAGGCUGACUAUAAGCCUUGGAUAUGAUAUAGUCCACUUAAUUCUUACAAUGGUAAAAUCUUAACUUUUAUUUUAAAGAUUUCAAUUUUAUAUUAGUAUAGUUUAGAUUUAUAUUAAUUUAAAUGUUAUUAUGAACAAAAAGUAUAUUUUUGAUAACAAGCCCUUGGGGAAAGAUAAUAAUGAGAAACUAGUAGAACAUUUGUGGCAUGAACAUUUUUAUGAGAUUUGCACUUUUAAGAAAACAAAAAAGUACGUUUUUGUCAAGAAAAUUACUAUGUUUUGCAUAUGUGAAAAAACAAAUUUUUUUUUAUUUCCACUAUAUUUAUUCUUUUUUUGUAUUAAAAACACCCUGUUUAGCUAAAAAUGUGAUCAACAGUCAUUUUAGGACUUUCAAGCCACCUUCUCAACUCUAAACAACUUUAGCACUUUGCUGAAUACAUAACAAUAUACAGUACAUGUAUAUUGCAUUUGCUUUUGGAUAUAUAUUACCUAAUGCACUUCCUUUGCUGUUAUAAUUCUAUUCCUGUCUAUCUUUAGGAACAUCUAAAUUCUUUGUAAUAUUUUUUCAAAUAUGUUAACAUAUAACAUGUUAUAAUCAUUUAUUAAUUAUAUGACAUCUAGAAACAUCUAUAGUAAUAACAAGCUGUUACAAUUAAUACAGUAGGCAUCUAUAGUUCCUUUGAGUGUUAAUGCCCUUCACAGAAAAAUGUGCAAAAGUCAAGCUUUUUUUUUUUAGGCCUAUAUGUUCCACGAUUAUCGACACUUCAAAGGAACAUUUUAAAUAAACAUACAUUGUUUCCAAAAAAA